AUGUUCGGUUAUCCCAACUAUAAUCCACCGAAACAUAUGUUGGAAGCCUUCGAAAGUGUCACAUCAAACGACUCGGCCUUUGAAAUGCAUGAAUACGCAGACUUCAUGGGUCACCAUUGGCUGAGGGCAGCUGUGACCGAGUUUAACGGCAUUUUAAUGAACCGCAAAAUAGAUGCUAAUAAAAAACAUAUAAUAGAGCUCAGGGGUGGAGUUCUCGUGUAUGUGCCGCUUAGACCACGCGAUGGACAAACUGCUCGCCAGUCCAAUGAAUUGACAUUUCAUAGAAAGGAAUUGGAGUCUAAGUUCACUAAUAAAACCAAGAUGAUCUGGGUUAACAAUCCCAAUAAUCCAUCCGGGAAAAUCAGUACAGCCGUGUUGGCGGUGCCCACACCCACACAACUGGCCUACGCUAUAGGAUUGGAGGUCGAGACUAAGAGACUCAACACUAAUGACUCGUAUUUCAUAGAUGUUAGGAAACAAUCCAUGGCUUCGAGAGAUAAAUUUCUACGGAUUCUGAAUGAGACGGGUGUUGAAGUGGUCAAACCUAAUUCUGGCUAUUUCAUCAUGGCCAAUUUCACUAAUAUUGUCCAUAAAGUAGAUAUAUCCUCAGAAAAGGACGAUAGAUUCGGCUUUCAAUUCGCUCUAUGGCUCGCAAAACAUAAGGACCUAUUCAUGUUUCCGGGUGUUAUGUUUUAUAGCCAGGAAAAUCAAAAGGCGGCACAAUUUGUUGUGAGAAUCACUUUCAUCAAGGGUGAUGAGUUGAUUAACAGGUUUGAAAAAGUGCUCAAAAGUGUG